AUGUGCGACGACGAGGAGCCGUGCAGCUUGGUUGUGGACAAUGGCUCCGGCAUGGUCAAGGGAGGAUUCGCCGGAGACGAUGCCCCUCGAUGCGUCUUCCCCUCCAUCGUCGGCCGUGCCCGUCACCAGGGUGUGAUGGUCGGUAUGGGUCAGAAGGACGCCUACGUCGGUGAUGAGGCCCAAAGCAAGCGUGGUAUCCUCACCCUCAAGUACCCUAUUGAGCAUGGUAUCAUCACUAACUGGGAUGACAUGGAGAAGAUCUGGCAUCACACUUUCUACAACGAACUCCGUGUUGCCCCUGAAGAGUCCCCCACACUUCUCACUGAGGCUCCCCUCAACCCCAAGGCCAACCGCGAGAAGAUGACCCAGAUCAUGUUCGAGACGUUCAACAUGCCUUCGAUGUAUGUGGCCAUCCAGGCUGUUAUGUCCCUUUAUGCAUCUGGUCGUACCACUGGUCUUGUCUGCGACUCUGGCGACGGUGUGACUCACAUGGUUCCCGUCUACGAAGGCUAUGCUCUCCCCCAUGCUAUUCUUCGUAUUGACCUUGCUGGUCGUGACCUUACUAACUACCUGAUGAAGAUCAUGACUGAGCGUGGUUAUUCCUUCACUACCACUGCUGAGCGAGAGAUCGUCCGUGACAUCAAGGAGAAGCUUUGCUAUAUCGCUCUUGACUUUGAGGGUGAAAUGAAUGUUGCUGCUGCUUCCUCCUCCCUGGACAAGUCGUACGAGCUUCCUGACGGCCAGGUUAUCACCAUCGGCAACGAACGUUUCCGUUGCCCUGAGUCUCUGUUUCAGCCUUCCUUCCUGGGUAUGGAAUCUUCGGGUAUCCAAGAAACUGUGUACAGUUCUAUUAUGAGGUGCGAUAUUGAUAUCCGAAAAGACUUAUUUGCUAACAUUGUAAUGUCUGGUGGUACCACUAUGUACCCUGGUAUUGCUGACCGCAUGCAAAAGGAAAUCACUGCCCUUGCUCCUUCCACCAUCAAGAUCAAGAUCAUUGCUCCUCCUGAGCGUAAAUACUCUGUCUGGAUCGGUGGUUCCAUCCUGUCUUCUCUGUCCACCUUCCAAGCUAUGUGGAUCACGAAGGAGGAAUAUGAGGAAUCAGGUCCUAGCAUUGUCCACAGGAAAUGUUUCUAA